AUGACAGGGGGACCCCACGGCGCCAAUGUGCGCGACUACACGAGAGAUGAAGUCGCCCACUAUCGGUCCCUGGGGAUCGAUGGCGCCAUGGAUAUUCUCCUUGGCAUGCCAGGACGACCGUCCUACACUGGCCCGGGAGACUCACGGGAACUUGCCGUGGAAAUGAUGGAGUCGUAUCUCAAGCGCCUCCACAUGGACACGUCACGAUUGUCCAUCGUGCAUGUUGCGGGCACAAAAGGUAAAGGGUCGACGUGCGCAUUUACUGAGAGUAUUCUGCGAGCGCAUGGGGCGAAGACGGGAAUGUUUACUUCUCCGCACUUAAUCCAUUCGACUGAGCGAUUCCGCAUCAACGGCAAACCUAUCAGUGAAGCUCUCUUCUUGUCCAAUUUUUGGGCUAUUUGGGAUGGUCUCACUGCAACAACGAGCGAGGCGGGCAUUUUCCCUCCUAUGGCAAACUUCUUCCGUUUUUUUACGCUGAUGGCACUGCGAAUGUUCCAAGAAGAAGGUGUUGACGUUGUAAUCUUGGAAGUGGGUCUUGGCGGCCGCUUGGAUGCGACGAAUGUUAUUAAACACCCCGUCGUAUGUGGCAUCACGACGUUGGACUUGGACCACACCCGAGUUUUGGGCGGCACCAUCGACAAAAUUGCGCGUGAGAAAGCUGGCAUUAUGAAAGCCAACGUGCCGGUGUACACGGUUGCCCAGCCAGUGCUGGCCGCCCAAAUGCUGGUCAAAUGCGCUGACGAGCGUGAAGCUUCGUUGGUGGUGGUUCCUCCACUCUCCGAGUUUAACAUUUCGACUCACGACCUCAAUCAUUCGUUGGGAAUGCACGGACAAUACCAGCACGUAAAUGCUGCUCUUGCUGUUGUACUAGCGUCGACGUGGCUCUCUGCCAGGCAUGGAGCCCCCCUGCCGCCGUUCGACGGCAUGAUCACGCCUACAGUGUUGCAAGGCCUAAAGCUGGCUUUCUGGCCAGGGCGGUCGCAAACCAUGGUGGAUCCUCUGUCGCCGACGGUGUUUCACCUGGACGGUGCGCAUACCCCUCUCAGCAUUGAGUGCUGUGCGCAAUGGUUUGAGUCGUGUUGUCAAGCGACACUCACGGACAACCGCGUGUUAAUCUUCAACUGCCACCACGAACGCGACGUCGUCAAAUUGUUUCUUCCACUGCUUGCACUUCGUUUCGACCAUGUCGUGUUUUGCCCGUCGCGAUCUUGCCGUCCUAGUAUCGUCAAGAUUCCAAGUGUUCAGGAAGCGCUCCUCAAGGCCAACCUCGACAUUUCUGGCUUGCCAGCUGACGCGUUCAACACAGACACGUUCCCUCCGCGCGAGGAUCGCAUGCACUGGCAACACGUUUGCGAAAAGACUUGGGCGAUUCUGAAUCAGCUGCACGAUCAAGUGACGAAGACCUCACUGUUUACGUCGGUGGAAGCGACGCUCGAGUGGAUUCGAGCGAAUGCCCCACCCAACACGAAAGUGCUAGUCACAGGGUCGUUGUAUAACGUGGGGGACACGCUGAGUGCCCUCAACUGGACUGAGUAA